UUAUGACGUUUUCCAGCACUGGCCUACAAAGUAAUAAUAAAAAUGGAAAAAAUUCACAUUUUAACGGCUAUUUUGAUUACAGGUUCACCGGGUGUUGGCAAGACCACAUUGGUGCGCAAAAUCUGCUCAAAGUUGGGCGAGCAGCGCAAACUUCAGGGUUUUUACACGGAGGAGGUGCGUACCGCUGGCAAAGGACAGCGAAUUGGCUUUGAUGUGGUCACUCUGAGCGGCAAGCGAGGCAUACUGGCACGAGAGGGACCGCUGGACAACCUGCGACGCCCCAAGGUGGGCAAAUACUCGGUCUAUGUGCAGGACUUUGAGGAUCUAACGCUGCCACUGCUUCUCGAGGGCAGUCAAUCGGGCUGCGAGCUCUUGGUCAUCGAUGAGGUGGGCAAAAUGGAGCUGCUGAGCAAACGCUUCGAAGCUGCCAUGGCCAGUGUGCUGCAGCAACAGCGGCUUUUGCUGGCGACUAUACCGCAGUCGAACCGCCAGUCCCUGCCGCUGGUGGAGCGACUAAAGAGCCUUCCUGGCGUUGUCAUUUACGAGGUGACCAAAGGCAAUCGGGAUGCGCUGGUCAAUGAGAUUACGGAGUGCAUUAUACAGUCGAAAUUGUUAGCAUAAUAA